AGAAUAAUAAUAAAUACUGAUAGUGAAGUGAAAAAAUAGAUAAUAUCCAGUUAAUUUUUAAAAAGUGACUAUAAAAAAAAUAAUAAAAAAAUUUCUAGAAUAACAUAGUACAUAAUAAUUGAAAAUGAAUACUUCAUGGGAAAAUACUCGUCAUGCUUUAAGAAGUUUUGCAAACGUGUUAAAAUGUUACAAAUGCGGAAAUGAGCCAAUAAACGCAACAAGAUAUACUAAUUGUUGUCAUUUUUUUUGUAAACAAUGCAUUGAAAAUGAUUUAAAAUGUAUAAUAUGUAACAUACCUGUACGACCACUCGAAAUAUGUAAUGAUCAUUUAAUUAAAAGUCUUGUUUCUUAUUGUAAUAACAUUGCAGAAAUAAUACAGGAAAGAGAUUUAUGGAAUUCAACCACAAAUUCAAAUGCAAUAGAAUUGCCUGCAAUAACAAACAAUUCUAUUUGUACAAUAAAUAAUACAAAAUAUAUUAUACCAAAGAAUAUAAAUAAACCAAAUGCUAAAGGAGAAACAUAUUUACAUAUUGCAUGUGUGAAGAAUCAAGAGUGCCGUAUAAAAAAUUUAUUAGCUGCUGGUGCUAAUCCAAAUACAAAAGAUUUCACUGGUUGGACACCUUUACAAGAAGUUGUAAGUUUUGGAUAUACAAAUAUAUGUCAGCUAUUAUUAGAAUGUGGAGCAUUACCAAAUACACCUGGUAUAUUAAAUAGAAGAGCUUUACAUGAUGCUGCUAUAAAUAAUAGAUUGGCAGAAGCAAAAAUAUUAUUAAAAUAUUCAGCUAAUAAAAAUGUAUAUGAUGAUUAUGGUAAAAAACCCAUAGACUAUUGCGAACCAAAUAGUAAGAUGUGGGAUAUUUUAAAAGAUGAAAAUGAGUUCGAUGAUACAAGUAAGAAAGAAAAAGAAAUUGUAAAUCAUAACUGUAGUUUUAAUAAGUCAUUUUCUGCACAACAAAUAUUUGAUACGAUUGUUAUAUAUCCAUUAAAUUUACGAGAAGAAAAUAAAAAAUAUUUGAAUGAAAUAGCUUUAAAGCAUAAAAUUAAAAUUAUGUCUGUUUUUCGACCAUCUGUAACUCAUGUUAUAGUGGAAGCUAAUGAUAAAAAUAUCAUUCAAUUAUCAUAUGAUGUAAUGAUAGCACUUUUGCGUGGAAUUUGGUUACUUAAUAGUGAAUGGAUUCAGCUAAGCAUGGAUAUAAGUGAUAUAUUAAAAGGAGAUUUAGAACUAUUUGAAGUCAGUGGUGCACCGAUUAAAGGUAUUCCAAAAAAAGCUAGAGAAAGUGCACAAAAUUGGAAUCCAGGUCUUUUUAAUCAAUGUUAUUUUUAUUUUGCGUUUCAAUCAAAAGAUACUUAUAUAAAUGAUAUAUAUUUAACAAAAGAUGCAUUAAUUACACUUGUGCAAGAAGGUGGAGGAAUAAUUUUGAAAAGAGAACCAAAUCCAGAAGAUAUAAAGACCAAAGAACAAUUUGUUCCUUUUCAUAUUGCUAAUGAACCUAGUCAUUCUUUACAUGAAUGUACACAUUAUAUCAUUUAUAUACCAGAGAAAGAUGAACCACGUAUAAAAUAUAAUAUGCCACAUAUAAAAACAUUACCACUUAUAUGGCUAAUUGAAUGUAUAGAAAAAUUUACAUUAGUUGAUCCAUUACAAUUGGGUUUACUUAAACUUUAAUUAAUAUCUAAUUAUACAUAUAUUUUAUUCAUAUAAUUUUUACAUGUAAUUUAAUAAUAUUAA